AUGCUGCUGCUGCUGUGCUCGCAGCACCUGAAGCUGCCCUUCAGGGGCCCGCGGCGACGAGCAGCAGCAGCAGCUGCUGCUGCUGCAGCAAACGCUGGGGGCUCUUUGCUGCGCCUUUUCGGCGAGUGGCGCCGCUGCAGCAAGUACGCCCGGAGGCGGCGGUUUGCGCCUCUGUCUUUGCGUCCCGGGCGUGCUGCUGUUGUGGCUGCUGCACCAGCAGCAGCAGCAGCAGCAGCAGAAGCAGCAGCAGCAGACGAGGGAGAGCCAGAUGUACUGCUGCGGCCCGCCUCUGCUGUCCUCAACCUUUCUGCUGUCGCCCUUCCAGACACGCCAACGCGAGCAACAGCAGCAGCAGCAGCGGGACGUGGCGCUGCCGCUGCAGAAGAUCCUGAUGCUGCUGUUGCUCUCAGCAGCAGCAGCAACCCCAGGGGAGGCAGCUGCACUUUGCUGCUGCACCCUCCGCGCAGCGGCAGCAGCUUCAGCAGCAACUCAGAAAGCUCGAGGAGGGCGGCCCCGCACCCGCGGGCAGCAGUUCGUGCAGCAGCAGCAGCAGCACCAGCAGCAGGAACGGCAACAACAACAGCAGCAACGGUAGCAGCAAGCGUGUCAGACUCGGAAUGCACAGACAGCAUGCCAGCAGAAGAAGCAAAGCAAGCAGCAACAGCAGCAGAAGCAAGGCUUCGGGGUCGCGUAGAGAAGACCUGCGGCAGCAGCUGGUGCAGCAGCUGCCAGCUAACGCGUGCUGCUGCUGCAGUGCUGCUGCUUGCUGCUGCACUUGUUCCCUACCACCUAGUGCUGCUGCUGGUGCCCUGCACUUUAGGCCUGUUCUUCUUCGAGCAGGGCUCUGGUGCAGUUGCUGCUGCGAAGCCCCGAUGCAGCUACCACUCCAGCAGCAACAGCUGCUGCCGCCGCCGCCGCCGCCGCAGCAGCAGCAGCAGCAGCAGCACCACGCGGGGCCACAGGGGGCCCUGCGUGGUUGCGUGGGCAGCGGGGGAGUUUCGCCAGAGCUGCGUGGUGGCGGCUUACGUACAGCCGCUGCUGCUGCUGCUGCUGCUGCUGCUGUGCAGCGGCUUCGCUGUGCUGCGGCUGCUGCAGCUGCACACCAAAACUGAGGAGGGCAAAAGCCUCAUUGCUGCAGCAGAUGGCACUGUGGCCCACCUGCUGGCAGACUCAGCCUUAGCAGCACCGGAGCUGCAGGACUCGCUGCUUCUGGCUUGGGGUCGCAGCGACAUCAGCAGGAACGGAGCUGCAACAGGCUGCAGCAGCGACGGCAGCAACGACUGCAGCAGCACGCGCUGCAGCGACGGGCCCAGCAGCAGCAGAGCACUCAGGGCCUGGGCAGACAGCAGCAGCCGCUUGCACCGACAGCAGCAGCACACACGCUGCUGCAGCAGCAGCAUCUGCUGCUGCUGCUGCUUCUGCAACUGCACACAGCGCUUGACUGUAUGCGCAGCUCUCCAGCCAGCGUCCUUCUCCAGCUCAUCUUCUGUCCCUUCUGAGCAGCAGCAGCAGCGGCUGCUCGAGCAGCGGCAACAGCAGAAGAGCAACCUCAACGACUGCAGCAGCAGAGUAGCAGCAGCAGCAGCAGCAGAGUAA